GGUCACCGCCGCGCCGCUUCCUCGCAUCACACGCCACUCCUAUCGCUGAGGCAUUUUCCCCGAUAGGUCCGUGAAAUAAAGGCGCACCUGAGCUCCGCUCCUCCGGGUUACGGCGCCGGGGUGCCUCAUCGUCCAUGGCAACGCCGCCGCGAGUUUGAUGGGGAGCGGGAUUGGUCAACGGCGGCUGACCGCGCCCUCAACCCACAUGAGCUACCUACCAAACUAUUACCGUCAAGUGUCGGGGGAAUGACGGCUGUGCUGGCGCCGCCGCUGCCGCUGCCGCCGCUGCCGCUGCUCUCGGUGCGGCGGAGGAGAGAAAGCAUCUUUGUCUGCACGGAGACGCUCCGGGCUUCCCUGCCUCGACACAGCGGCGUCUAAAGAUAAGAAGACUUUUCUCCCUCCACGCGGAGGUCGCGAAUUCAUCUGCCGCAUUCAUCUCUGUUGAAAUUUGGAUUUUUUUUUUUAUUUCCCUGGCACCCCCCCCCCCCCCCCCCUCCUCCUCUCUCUUUCUCCUUUUGUGUUUGCGCGCGCGCGCUGCCUGGCUGGAAUAAUCGAGCCCCGUCGCUCUAUCCAUGUGUCGGAUCGCCGGAUGAUGCACAGGCUGCUGGGAGGCUGAGGAGGAUGAAGGCAGUACCUAGGCUGCGUGCCUAACUAACCCAUGGAGGACUGAGAGGAACAGCGCUGAAUGGAGGCCAAGACACUGGAUGGCGAAGACGAGGAAGCGCGCAGCACCGUGGAUCACUUGUGUCGUCUGCUCCCUUUCUCAGACGAUUCGCAGUAGAUGCAAGUACCUGUAUUCUGCAUUGUGCCGCAUUUGUUCACUCUGUCAUGUCACCCAUGGAGAGAUGGCAAAGAGAAUCUGGAUAGACAGUCGAGGCUGAAGAAACUCUUUUAAUGCAUGCGGGCACUGUAGCCUAAUCUUAGGGCGAUAACAAAAGGAGUGUUGACACUAGAUAACGUUUCCUCCUCGCAGCCGCGCUGAGUCUGUAUUAUUCGAAAGGCAGAGAGGAGCCAGUAGUUGUAGACACUGACCACCAUGGCUCCAUGUGAAGGCAGAGGAUUGCAUUUACUGCUGUUGGCCGCGUUGGUGCUGAGAGGAGUAGCUUUAGAAUACGAGGGCGUUCCCGGGCAGUGGACGCGCUACGGCCGCUGGGACGCCGGGGCGACAGGUGAGCUCAGCUUCAUCCUGAAGACCAGCAUCGGCAAAGCGCUGGUGCUGUACCUGGACGACGGCGGCAACUGCGACUUCCUGGAGCUCCUGAUCGAGGACGGGAGGCUCCAGAUGCGCUUCACCAUCCACUGCGCCGAGCCGGCCUCCCUGCACACGGAGACGCGGGUGGACGACCAGCGCUGGCACCGGGUGCUCGUGUCCCGGAGCUUCCGGGAGACCAGGCUGGCGGUGGACAACGAGGAGAAGGUCGCCGAGGUCAAGUCCAAGAGGAAGGAGAUGGUGGUGGCCAGCGACCUGUACGUGGGCGGGAUCUCGCCCGACGUGCGCCUCUCGGCCCUGACGUCCAGCACCGUCAAAUACGAGCCUCCGUUCCAGGGCUUCAUAGCCAACCUGAAACUGGGGGAGGCGCUGCCUGUGCUGCUGGACGGUCAAGCGGUACAUAGUGAUAUGGAGUACAUAUGCGCCGCACACUCCCCGUGCAACAACAAGGGCUUGUGCUCCGUUAGCCAAGGAGAGGUCCUCUGUGACUGUCUAAAUACCAGCUUCAGAGGAAGGUACUGCCAAGAAGCUGUGCAGAGAGAAGCUCCAGGUCUGGCGCACCUGAUGUUAAACCGCCAAGUUUUUCGCCAAGGGCAGAGGGAGUCAGUGGCCACGUUCAAAGGCAACGAGUUCUUCAGCUACAACCUGUCCCAGACGCCCAUUCAGAGCAGCUUGGACGAGAUCACGCUCUCCUUCCGCACGCUGCAGAGGAACGGCCUGCUGCUGCACACGGGCCGCUCGGCCGACUACGUCAACCUGUCCCUGAGGAACGGCGCCCUGUGGCUGGUCAUCAACCUGGGCUCCGGCGCCUUCGAGGCCCUGGUGGAGCCCGCCAGCGGGAAGUUCAACGACAACGUCUGGCACGACGUCCGGGUGACGCGCAACCUCCGACAGGUGACGAUCUUGGUGGAUGGGAUACUCACCACCACGGGCUACACUCAGGAGGAUUACACCAUGCUGGGCUCCGAUGAUCUUUUCUACAUCGGCGGCAGCCUGAACACGGCCGACCUGCCGGGCUCCCCGGUCAGCAACAACUUCAUGGGCUGCCUGAAGGAUGUGGUUUACAAAAAUAACGAGUUCCGACUGGAGCUGUCGCAGCUAGCCGAGCAGCGGGACCCCAGGAUCAGUAUCCAUGGCGACCUGAUGUUCAGCUGCGAGAGCGUGGAGGCCCUGCAGCCGGUCACCUUCGACACGCCGGCCGCCUACCUGACGCUGCCCCGCUGGAACGCCAAGAAGACCGGCACCGUCUCCUUCGACUUCCGCACCACGGAGGCCAGCGGCCUGCUGCUGUUCAGCCACGGCAGCCUGCAGGGGGCGCCGCCCGACAGGAAGCCCAGGGCCGACUUCUUCGCCCUGGAGCUGCUGGACGGCUUUCUCCACCUGGUCAUGGAUAUGGGCUCGGGCAGCAUCAAGAUGAGGGCCGGCGACGCCAGGCUGGACGACGGCGAGUGGUGCCACGUGGAUUUCCAGAGGACCGGGCGCAACGGCUUCGUCUCCGUCAACGGCCAGAGCCUCCCCUUCUCCGCUAACGAGGGCAGCGAGGUCCUGGACCUGGACGGCGACAUGUACCUGGGGGGGCUGCCCGAGGACCACCAGAACCUGGCGCUGCCCCCCGAGGUGUGGACGGCCACGCUGGGCCUGGGCUACGUGGGCUGCGUCAGGGACCUGUUCAUCGACGGCCAGAGCCGCGACCUGUGGAGGCUGGCCGAGGUCCAGACGGCCGCCGGCGUCAGCGCCUUCUGCACCCGCGAGACUCACGUCCGGUGCGGCAGGGACGCGUGCGCCAACGGCGGCCACUGCAGGGAGGGCUGGAACCGGCACAUCUGCGACUGCAGCGGCACCGGGUACCUGGGCCGCAGCUGCGAGAAGGAGGCCACCAUGGUGAGCUACGACGGGAGCAUGUACCUGAAGGUGGUGCUGCCCAGGACGCUGCACACGGAGGCGGAGGACCUGUCCCUGCGCUUCAUGUCCCAGAGGGCGUACGGGCUGCUGAUGGCCACCACCUCCCAGCAGUCGGCGGACACGCUGCGCCUGGAGCUGGACGGAGGCCGAGUCAAGCUCACUGUCAACCUGGAUUGUAUCAGGAUAGACUGUAAUCUCAGCAAAGGACCAGAGAUACUCCUGGUAGGCGAGAAGAUGAAUGACAACGAGUGGCACACGGUGAAGGUGGUGCGGCGUGGGAAGAACUUGCAGCUCUCUGUGGAUAAUGUGACGGUGGAAGGCCACAUGAGCGGCGCCCACACCCGCCUGGAGUUCAACAACAUCGAGACGGGCAUCAUGACGGAGCGGCGCUACAUCUCCGUGAUGCCGUCCAACUUCAUCGGCCACCUGCAGGCGCUGUCCUUCAACGGGAUGCUGUACCUGGACCAGUGCAAGAACGGGGACAUCUCCUACUGCGAGCUGAACGCCCGCUUCGGCAUGCGGCACAUCGUGGCCAACCCGGUCACCUUCCUGACGCAGGCCAGCUACCUGGCCUUCUCCACCCUGCAGGCCUACGCCUCCAUGCACCUCUUCUUCCAGUUCAAGACCACCAGCCCCGACGGACUGAUGCUCUACAACUCCGGGGAUGGCAGCGACUUCAUCAUGGUGGAGCUGGUCAAAGGGUACAUUCACUACGUCUUCGACCUGGGCAACGGGCCGUCGCUCAUGAAAGGGAACUCGGACAAGCCGCUCAAUGACAACCAGUGGCACAACGUGCUCAUCUCCCGCGACAACAACAACGUGCACGUGCUCAAGAUCGACUCGCGCACCGUCACCCAACACACCAACGGAGCCCGCAACCUGGACCUGAAAGGGGAGCUGUACGUCGGGGGUGUUGGGAAGAGCAUGUACGGCAGCCUGCCCAGAUUAAUAGCAUCCCGGGAAGGAUACAAGGGCUGCCUGGCGUCCGUGGACCUGAAUGGACGACUCCCCGACCUGCUGGCCGACGCCCUCCACAAGGUGGGGGAGGUGGAGCGUGGCUGCGGAGGUCCCAGCACCACCUGCACAGAGGAUUCCUGCCACCACCAGGGCGUGUGCCUGCAGCUGUGGGAGGGCUUCUCCUGCGACUGCACCAUGACCACCUACGGGGGCCCGUUCUGCAGCGACCCUGGGACUACGUACAUCUUUGGGAAAGGAGGCGCCCUCAUCACGUUCACCUGGGCUCCCAACGAGCGGCCCAGCACCCGAGCCGACCGCUUGGCCGUGGGCUUCAGCACCCAGCAGAAGGACGCCAUCUUGGUACGAGUGGAGAGCACCCACGGACUGGGAGACUAUCUUCAGCUGCACAUAGAUCAGGGGAAGAUCGGCGUCAUCUUCAACGUGGGGACGGACGACAUCACCAUCGACGAGCCCGCUGUCAUAGUGAAUGACGGCAAGUACCAUGUUGUGCGCUUCACACGCAGCGGUGGCAAUGCCACUCUGCAGGUGGACAACCAUCCUGUCAUUGAGCGCUACCCGCCAGGACACUAUGAUAAUGAGCGACUGGCUAUUGCCAGACAAAGAAUCCCAUACAGACUUGGUCGGGUAGUUGACGAGUGGCUACUCGAUAAAGGGAGACAGUUGACCAUCUUUAACAGCCAGGCGGCCAUCAAGAUCGGCGGCAACGACAAGGGUCGGCCCUUCCAGGGUCAGAUCUCUGGGCUGUACUACAACGGCCUGCAGGUGCUGAAGCUGGCGGCGGAGAACGACCCCAGCGUGCAGGUGGAGGGGAACCUGCGACUGGUGGGGGACUCGCUGUCCGUGCUGACCACCGACACCACGUCGGCCACCCCGCUGGCCGUGUCCGACAUGUCCACCACCAUUAUGGAGACCACCACCACCAUGGCGACCACCACCACCCGCAGACCGCGGUCGCCCAGCUUAAGGGAGAGCAUCUCCAAGCCGCAGAACUCGGACGAUAUUUUGGUGGCAUCGGCGGAGUGUCCGAGCGACGACGAGGACCUGGAAGAGUGUGAGCCGGGAACAGGAGGUGAAUUAGUGUUGCCUAUUAUAACAGUGGAUUCCCUUGAGUCUCCAUCCAUUGCCACCCGUUACCCUGUCAUCCCCCCUCCUCCCACCCUCCUCUCCCCACUUGAAACCACCAAAGAGUCCCUGAUUCUCCCUCCUCACCCUUCCUGCCCCCCGGACCAGGAGGACUGUGGUGACCCUGUGGAGGUCUCGGCCUUCGGCUCUGGGGAGAUGACGGAAUCAGAUGACGAGGACUUUUACAAUAAUAACUCCCCCAUGGUCACUGACAGGACAGUCCUUCCUCCACCUCCCGCCGCUGGUGAGGGUGGAGUUCAGAAACCCCGCCCCCUACCUCCUUAUGUUCCCACCACCAACCCUGACCAGCUCCACAUCCCUGCAGGCAAAAUGAACACUCGUGGUGUUCAGGUGGUUCUACCCCCUGCUCCUCCGUCCUCCCGACACACACCGGGACUAACUUACCCCCCCAAUUUUCCCCAUGUGCCCACAGCCAACCCCACAGCCUCUGAUGAAAAGAGCCAGCCCGGUGCCGUGGAGGUGAUCAGGGAGUCCAGUAGCACCACGGGGAUGGUUGUUGGCAUCGUGGCUGCUGCUGCUCUCUGCAUUCUUAUCCUCCUCUAUGCCAUGUACAAGUACCGCAACCGGGACGAGGGCUCCUACCAGACAGACCAGGGCCACAGUUUUGCCAACAGUUCCACUGUGGAAGGCAACGGAGCCGUGGUCAAAGACAAAAGCACAGCGACGGCCUCCGUGGCCAAGGCAAUCACAAGGGGCAAAAAGAACAAGGACAAAGAGUACUACGUCUGAGCGAGGAGGAGGAGAGCAGGCGAACGUGGCGAGAGACAAGGGGGGUGAGAGCGUGCGCAUUUGUUUCCUGGCCCGCUUUUGUCAGGUUGACCGUCAGAGACAACCGCACAAAGCAACUGUAUCUUGCAUUUAAUGGUUACAGUACAUUCAGAAGUCAAGGUUGCCCAGCUCCUAUUAGUGGUGAAAUCCUUAUCGGGCACAAGAUCUGACUCAUCGUCUGUGUCACAACACGCACUCAGUCUGCAUCUACUGAUUCUCUGUUAGUGUGUCAUUUUUUAAGUUCUAACUAGGCUCCGUCUAGUUAAGAAGAGACAUGUCCACAUUGGCUUUGUACAUAGCAUGGAUAUGGUCCUGUGAUGCAAGUGCUGGGAACAUCGGGACAGAUUUGCCUAAAUGUUUUCGUUACUCUUCUUUGUUAUGCUGUAUCUCAAGUCUCAGUGUCCCCAUCAUUUUACAGUAUAUGAGGAAAAGCAGGCUGGUCGGCGGAUGAGCAGAGAACUCCACAGCAAUUCUGAAUACACUCAAAGAGAAAGCUUUUUUUUUUUUUUUUUUUUUUUUGGAAAGACAUCAUCUCUGCAGCGUCCAUGUUAUGUUAUGUGCUUUCACAGCUCCCCAGUCACUCUGCCUCUGUCCACAAGAGAGGGUAUAAUAUUGCUGUUGCGGCAUCAUAAAUGAAGCAUGCUAUUGAGCUCUCCCGGCGACAAAUACAGCAGCUUAAGGGGAUUAUACAAUCCCUUGACAUGCUCCGACCAGUGAAUCACAGAGUAUGACGGUUGCAAACGUUAUUUACAUGAGAUAUUCCAGUCGAUGUGCCAUGACAUUCCAAGUAAGGGUAAUUGUGAACCAGUCAGUCUACACAAGUGAAGGUAUUUUUCUGUAAACAUUUCUUGUAUGUACAUAUAGAAGUUAGCAGGUAUGAAGAAGAACCCACGUCACAGGUGCCCGGGCCCCGGCUUUCACAACAGCAUCCAUUCAGGACUCCACGUUACGCGGAAUUACGUUUCAUGAUGUUUUUCUGAUUGCUUCCUGGACAGGGAGAACCUUCCUGGCUCACCAGAGGCCGGCUUACUCUUCUUCCUUUCCUUCAAAAUUGUCAUGGGAUAAUUCAAAAGCACACAGAAAAUGUACACAUAUCUUUGAAACAUAGAUAUUCCUUGUAAAGCAGCCAAACAUGUUUUUUUUCUAUCAGUUGCUAGAAGACUAUACUAUGAGAUAAUUGAAGGUUUGUGAAUUGUAUUGAUAUUUCUCUGAUAUUUCAAUGUAUCUUGUUGCCAUUCCUCCUAACACGUUACAUUUUAAAUUGCCUUUUACUUCGAUCCAGACAAAAAGCACACUUUCCUCUGGUUGCUGCAAGUAUUUUGUGCUUUUGCAUUUUUUUACGGUCCAGAUUAUGCAGAGAAAACGCAAGGAUGGAGCAAACAAAUGUUUUAUUCUGUUGCAUUGUGCAUUUUGUAUGUGCUAAAUCUGUUAAUCAAUGGAUCUGACAAUAUAAAGCCAACUUUUCUGUUCCAACAUUUACUUAUUCAUGCCCUGUGAUUUCCUGUUAUUUUUUAUGAAAGUGCCAUUUGACAUGACCUGCUCAACAUUCAGAAAAUAUCUCAUUCCUCACUCAUUGCUAUUGUAUAGUGUUCAUGUGAAAUGGAUCUUAAUAUGUGUACAGAACGUGGAUAAAAAUGAAAAUACACUUGAUUAUAUACUUUGUA